AUGAUAUCAAUAGGGAUAGUCUUGAUCAUAUUAAUACUGGCAUGUGUUAUUGGUAAUUUAUUGGUCAUUAUUGCUAUUUUGAUUGAACGUGAUCUGCGUAGUAGACCACAAUAUUAUUUGAUAUUCUCAUUAGCUGUUGCCGAUCUCUUGGUUGGUCUCAUUGUAACACCGCUUGGAGCGUGGUCAACCGUUCUAAGAGCUUGGACUCUUGGUGUGACACUGUGUGAUUUUUGGAUUAGUGUUGAUGUGCUCGUUUGUACAAGUUCAAUUUUGCAUCUUGUUGCUAUCGCACUGGAUCGUUACUGGAGUAUAACGGAUAUCUGCUAUGUUCAAAAUCGAACACCGCGACGAAUUUUCGGAAUGUUAGGAAGCAUAUGGAUUGUAUCGCUGUUGAUUUCAUUGGCGCCGAUCCUCGGAUGGAAAGAUGAGGAUUUCUUUGAUCGGGUCGAGAAACAACAAGUGUUUAGCACAGCAACUGCCUUUUACAUACCGCUAUGUGCAAUCAUUUGUAUUUACUAUAAAAUAAUGCGUGCUGCAACACGACGAUUCAAACGUGAACGAGACCGUAGAACGAUCAUCCACCGUAAUGGAAGCACUGAUUUGCUGAACAACCAGCAUCGUCUUCUUGACCCCAAAAAGAUGAGUGUUCCAACAGUGACGUUAUCACGGACAUCAUCAGCUGAACGAAAUCGCACUUCAUUAUCCAAAGCAAAUGGACAAAAAGUAGUGACAGAUGUUCAAUCGAAGGUGAUGGAAAGUAGUCCUGAUACGACAACUGAAGAGGAUCGAACUGCGAUGCCAUCUAACGGUCACUGCAUGGUUGAGACACGCAUCGACGAUCACGUAGCGACUCAUAGCAAACCGAUGUUGACACGUUUGAUAUUACCAAAGAAGAGGCGUUCAAAAGAAAGCAGUGAAAUGAAACGUGAGCGUAAAGCUUGGAGGACCUUAGCGAUAAUCACUGGAACGUUCGUUGCGUGUUGGACACCAUUCUUUCUCAUCUCGUUAUAUCGACCCAUUUGUCAGUGUCGUAUUCCGAUCCUUCUUGAGAGUGUUACCAACUGGUUGGGUCAGUUCUUCGAUCAUUCAUUUAUUCCAUCGUCACCACUUUAG